UUUCAGAAACUGAUAUCCAUGCAGAGGUCAAGUGUAUAAGAAAAUUCAUUAUUUGCAAUUUUAACAAUUUUUAAUGCCAAGGAAGAAUAGACAAAAUUGUUAUAUGUAUAAAAAAACUGCAUAAAGACUAUUUUGUCAAUCAUAAUUUAUAAACUAAUCAAUUAUAAAUAUGGAGUUGAGUCAUAGCCUAACAUUGAAUGAAGAAGCUUUGAAGCAAAUACCAGAUGCCAAAAAGCCUCUUUUUAUAUAUGAAUGGCUACGCUUCUUGAAUAAAAUUAUUGGGGCUGCAAAUAAGUCAGACAUCAAAGGAUGUCAGGAGAAGUUGGUUGGUCAGCUGAUGGGCCAGAUGUCACAGUGUGCCGGAGCUCCAGCUCGGCAGUUGGUAGCCAGCGCCCUAGCCACCCUCUUCAGUGUGGGGGAUACUUUCUUGCUCUUUGAAACCAUCAACAAAUGCAAUGAUGUUCUUAAGAACAAGGAUGACUCGCCCAGCUUCCUAUCAACACGAUUGGCUGCUGUGGCUUGUAUUGGUGCUAUGUAUGAGAGGCUGGGCCGCAUGAUGGGCCGAUCCUAUGAAGAGACAGUGCACAUCCUCAUCAAGAGCCUACGCAGUGCCGAGUCUCAGCUCCGAGUACAGAUCAUGGUCACUCUUGAGAAGAUCACGGCCGGCAUGGGCACCGCUGCCUCGAACGUCCACAAAGACAUCAUCAAGGCCACCAAAGUUGGACUCACAGACCGCGCCAUGCCAGUGCGUCGGGCUGCCGCCAUGUGCCUCGUGGAGCUGAGCAAGCACGCAGUGCUGCUGUACACUACAGACCUCGAGCACAUGUGCACGCUGUGCAUGCGGGCCCUCGAGAGCUGCACCUCCUACGACGCUCGAUGUGCUCUCACCUGCCUGCUGGGGAGCCUCCUGGCCACCACACAGUGUCCUCCUAAAGAUGUCCUCAGAGCGAUCCAAAGCAACAGCAACAAGAGCGCGCCACGCCUCGUGUCGCUGGACGAGGCCCUGGCGUUGCUAGCGUCGGGGUUCUUGCGCGGAGGCACGAGCUUCCUGAAGGGGGAGAUCAUCAAGGGCUCCUCGGGCGUCACUAGGGAACUAAGAGUAGGAGUAACCCAGGCCUACGUCACCUUCGUGCAGGAGCUCGGGUCGUUGUGGCUGGAGAAGAACAUGGCUUCUUUCCUGAAGCACAUUUCCGAGGUGAUCAGCAACCCUAAAGCCAGCACCUCCCACGUUGACGCCGUCUACUCCAGGAAGUGCGUUAGCUUCAUCCUGCGCAGCACGCUAGGCCGCAUGCUGGGGGAGAAGGCCCAGACGGUCGCAUGUAAGGAGAUCACUGCCAUCAUCACGCUGCAUAUGAACGGCGUCGACGUCAGCAAUGACAGUAACGACGUCAACAACGGCGGUAGUCAACAUGUGCUUAUAUGCAUGCUGCUUGAGCUGGGUAACCUGGUGCUGGCCCUCAGCACGUCCAGUUCCUCCACCGUGCUGGACCCUCAUCUCGGCAUGAUAGAUUGCGUGCUGUCCGUGCUGCUGCAUCCUAACUUUGCAGCACGCUUGUCGGCCGCCUGGUGUUUACAGUGCAUAUGUGUGGCGCUGCCCUCGCAACUGCAUCCUCUCAUCGCGCGCUGCUGCGAUAAAAUCGAUUCCUUGAAAGCUUCGACUGAAGCCAUUGCGGGCUACAGCUGCGCUAUCGCUGCUCUCGUGGGCUGCGUGUCUAGGACGCCUCUAGGGAUCCCUCACUUGAGGGGUAAAGUUGUCUUUAACCUCGCAGAAGAACUACUGCGUUCUGCAUCACAGAACUCGCGUCUGUCUUUACACAGAACUCAGGCCGGCUGGCUGAUCAUUGGUUCUGUGAUGACCCUUGGGGUAGCUGUGGUCAAAGGACUCCUGCCAAGGAUGCUGUUGCUCUGGAAAAACUCCUUCCCGCGCUCCAAUAAAGAAAUAGAGAGCGAGAAGGCCCGUGGAGACGCGUUCACGUGGCAAGUCACUCUGGAGGGUCGGGCUGGAGCCUUGUCAUCCAUGCACAGUUUCCUCCUCCAUUGUCCUGAGUUGGCUGGUGACGAUGCUAUCCGCCGGCUGCUGAUGCCUAUAGAGUCAGCGCUACUGAUGCUCGUCAGCAUCUCGAGCAUCGUGAAGCAGCACGGCCAGCAGCUUAAGGCAUCAACUGCGAUGGUGCGUCUCAGACUAUACCAAGUGCUGACUCUUCUUCCACCGCAGUCUUUCGAGGGUCACUUCAGUACUGUACUGAAGCUCCUCGUGAGCGAGUUCACCCUCGCUGAGAGCGGCGCCAACACGAGCUCUUCUCUCCUGCGCUUCAUCUGCGCCUCUCACCACGCCCCGCUGCUGUCCCCAACCCUUCACCACCCCGACUUGAACAUCCUGGAGGAGCAGCUCUACUCCAACGGAGCUGCUGGUGCUCUAGAGCACGACCCUACCUGCCUAUACAAAGCCUCGAGUGACACCCCACAUCCCCUGCCGUUAGGCGUCGCAGUUAUUGACGCGUCCGUCACGCUCUUCGGCCAGAUGUUCCCUCUUGUGGCCAACAAGAACAGACUUAAGAUGCUUAAUCUCUUCAUAGAGAUGAUCCGUGCCAGCAAGAGCCUGAGACAAGAAGCUAUCCUAACAAACAUUUUGUGUGCGUUGCUCAUUGCCCUCAAGAGAUUAACUGAUACCAAAGGUUCUUUGGGGCAGGAAGACGUCAAAAAGACGACAACGGCGCUGCUGAUGGACGGAUUGAGUCAAACUAACCCUUUACUGAGAUGUGCGUCGGGUGAGGCAAUAGGACGCAUGGCUCAGGUCGUUGGGGACCCGCACUUUGUAGCCGCCCUUGCGCAGACCAGCUUUGAUAAAUUGCGUAGCGCCCGAGACGCCACCAGCCGAACUGGGCACUCCCUUGCUUUAGGUUGUCUACAUCGCUGUGUGGGGGGGAUGGGGUCGAGUCACCAUCUCAGCACCUCCAUCAGCAUCCUUCUGGCCCUGGCCAAGGACUUCACAGCUCCCGUAGUUCAGGUCUGGGCGUUACACGCACUCUCCAUGAUAGCAGACUCCGGUGGUCCGAUGUUCAGUUCGUACGUGGAGCCGGCGCUGAACUUGCUGCUCGACCUGCUGCUGUCGUGCAGCUCGAGUGAAGUGCAGCUCUGUAUCGGCAAGUGCUUGCAGGCUCUCAUCACGACUAUUGGACCUGAACUGCAGAGCAGCGACAGUGCUGUUGUAAACGAGCGUUGGUCGCUGCUGUGCGGCUGUAGCCUUGUGCAGCAGCAUUCAGAUCCGUUUGUACAGGCCGAGGCUGUGACUUGCCUGCAGCAGAUGCACAUGUUUGCUCCCCGCCACGUAAACUUAUCGUCGCUGGUGCCCAUGCUUGUACACAAGCUUUUUAGCAAGCACUUGUUCCUGAGACGAGCCGCUGUGAGUUGUCUGCGGCAGCUUGCCCAGAGGGAGGCUCUAGAAGUAUGUCACCACGUGCUCGCUAUGUCUGCUAACAACGCGUCUGGGACGCUCGAGUCUGACAAAGAGCAGCACCAGAUUCCUGAAAGUGGUCUUCCAGGUUUGCUUUUUUCGUUGCUGGACUACGAGAACGACCCCGUGUUAGUGAGUCACGCGCAGCACACUCUACUCUUCACGCUACACGCGCUCGCACCCACGCAUCUCAGGAUGUGGCUCACGCUCUGCCGCGAGGUACUCACCAAUGCCCAGGACGGAGCCGCUGACUCUGGUCUCAAAGAUGGAUUGGAGCCUACAGCUGAUGACGAGGACCUCGUCGAGUUCCAUGCAACUAUUGACCCCGACCCCCACCCUGCUCUGCCCCCUCGUUGGACAUCGCGGGUGUUUGCUGCCCAGUGCGUUGCUAAGAUCAUCAACGAGUGCGGUGACUCAGAGGCGCAUUUGGAUCUUUCAGUAGCGCGGCAACGUGCCGCUAAAGGAGCGCAGGCGGAGUACUUAGUACUGCACUUGAGCGAACUCAUCCGCAUGGGCUUCAUAGCUGCCACCUCCGAGAGCGAUCAGCUGCGGCUGGAGGGUCUGACCAUCCUACAGUUGGUCAUAGAUAAGUUUGCUAAGAGUCCGGAGCCCGAGUUUCCCGGUCACGUGAUCCUUGAGCAAUACCAGGCUCAGGUGGGGGCUGCCUUGCGACCAGCGUUCGCUGCAGACACGGCGUCGCACGUGACGGCGCGUGCAUGCGAAGUGUGCAGUACGUGGAUAGGCUCAGGCGUCGCCAGAGAUCUGAACGAUCUGCGCAGAGUUCAUCAGCUUCUAGUGUCUUCCCUUCGUAAACUAAACGAGGCGUCUACUCAAGGCCUCUACAACGAGAGUGCCGCAACGCUAGAGAAACUCGCCAUUCUUAAGGCUUGGGCUGAAGUUUACAUUGUAUCUCAGACCGGAGCGGCCCAACACAAGGCUCUGCCGCUCAAACAGCGAAGAGCUUCUGACCUGCCGGCCGGGCAACCUGAAAUGCAAGCGUCUGGUGUUCACGUGACCGAGCUUCCAGAUAACAAGUCCGGCGAAGAGAACUUAGGCAAUUUAGUGGCGCCUGAACUGCAAAGUUUGCCGCAAAAUUGGUUGGCUGCCCUCAAGGACCACGCGAUGCUGGGACUUCCUCCCGAGUUCGCAAGUCAGCUUCCCCAGAGCGGCGGGGCGUUCUACAGCAACGAGGCCAUCGACAACGUCAGGGAGUAUUACCGACAGGCCUGGGGGCCAAUGCUUUAUGCCUCGGCCUUGUGGCUCAGCAAUUGUCCUGGUGAGGACCUUGACACUGAAGACCUCAGGAGCGCCAAAGGCACUCUAGACAACUCUAAAGUGGGGCGGGAGGACGCGAGGUUGGCUCAAAGGUCGCAAGAAGAUCCAUCGGCGCCCGUCAACCUCAUGACCGCAGACCACUUCCACCUGCUGCUGGGAACGUGCGUGUGCUACCUCUGCAGCGGGGCGUGCGAGGAGACCCAGGAGGAGGUGUGCCUACUGGCCCUCCACACCCUCCUGCCCCACACCCUCCCCUCCGCCAUCUUGGCCGCCAACCCUCCCCUUGCUGUAGAGAUCGUCUCCCUCAUGCACAGACGUGUGGUGAGCUGCGACAGCGCCGCACUGCACCAGCUGAGCGUGAGUGUGGUGGAGUUGGUCAUAAGAGCGUCACUGGACCACCUGCAGCGCAUGAAGCACCAGCUGCAGCAGUGCAAAGGGCGGCCUGCCAACCUGCGUGACGGGGACGCUGACCUGCUGGCUGAGGGCGGCGACACGGGCGAGAUCAACCCCAGCAGUAGCCUGGUCUUUGCAGCCCUGCAGGUGUGCCUCUGCGUCAUGGUGCGCCACGAGCCCUCAAUUGCGCCACAGGUGAGUCCCGACACAUUUGUUGCUGCCAAUACAACGCGUCUUGUGUUGCCGCCAAUACAACGCGUCUUGUGUUGCNCAGUGCAACCUGUAACCUUUUCAAACCGCUUUGCAGGAGGCGUAGCAGUGCUCCCUACCCUCAUGUUCCUGACGACGGGCAUGCUGAGGGCUUGUAGCGUCUCCACGUCAUGUCUUGACACCUCUUCACCCUCUGGGGGUAAAGUAGACCCUGACAGAGGGAAAAGUGAGGGUACAGACCUUGCCAGAGGGAAGAAUGGUGACUCAGAUCCUGCUAGAGGAGAGGCUGACAGCAAGGACCCUUGCAGAGCAGAGUGUGUGCUGCUCACCGCCUGCUGCAGGACGCUGGCUGCCCUCUGCAGCCACCCCUACAGAAGUGACCCUCGGUCUGCAGACCAGUGGUGCCGCCUCUUGCAGACCGCCCUCGCCUCCACCCUCGACUGCGCUAAGAUAUGCCUGGAGGAGCGCGAGGUGAGCGAGGUGGCGGUGCUGAGAGCCGUGACGGCGUUCGUGGUGCACAGCCCCCCCUGCGUCACCGCUCCCCCCACCCUCCGCUACCCUCUCCUCAACCUCUAUAAGAGCGCCGUGCACCACGCCAGCGUCCAGGUGCGGCUGUGUUGCUGUGAGCAGCUAUACAGAAUAUUCAAGGAAACAACAGCACCUCUGAGUGCUGUGUUUAUACAGGCCCUGCUUCCCCGUCUGCUGUACCAACUACACAAGCUUGCAACCGAGCCUCUAGACUCGCCUGCUACCGACUCACCUGCCUCGCCUGCCCCAGACUCGGCGCUCGAGCUGCGCCUCUUCCACGUCCUUCUCGACGCCAUCCUUCUCACCUUCGAUAAAACGCUUCCUAAAUUCCGGUGCGAGCUGCUACACGUUGUCGUGUCGUUCCUGGUGGAGUGCAGCAGCGGCAGCUCCGCCCUCUGCAGCGUCGCCCUCAACAGGCUGCACACCCUCGCCCCUCUGCACCCUCAGGAGUUCCGCGAGGUGAUGACGCAGCGCCCUGAGCUGCGUGCCCGCCUCGAAGCCGCCAUCAAGGCCCGCCAGUCCGCCACUGUCGCACCCCAGCCCCCGCCACCCACCGGAAUCUCCCACCACACGCCCUCCAUACAACUCAAGACUGACUUCUCUAAUUUUCACUGACGAUUGAAAUGAUUUCAUCGCUAGAGUUUAUGAUAAUUUUUGUCCUAUUGCGUUUCAAGGCGACGUUUUCCUCUUGUUGACGAGAACGUCAAAGUCUACAGAGAUCUAACCGGUGUACUUCGACCUUCGAAUGAUACAUUUCUACUUGUGCAUCGAAUGAAACAUUUUCUAAGCGAAUGCAAUAAUGUUCCAUGAAGUUCUGGCUCAAUUCAGAGGAUCUUUCACCACUUCCCUGCUUCGAGUCGUUGUCUUUGCUCUACAUGUUCCUAUUUGAUUACAAUUUUUCAUUAUCGGAUGGCAUUGAUCUAUAAAUUAAUUGAACGAAAAAUUGCUCAACUAUCGUCAUUUUUUCUUCGCUGUGAGCAGGAAACUAAUCUUUCAAUUUUACUUAAUUACUAGCGGUCAUCUGAGCCGCUGUACAUCAACCCUUCCUUGUUUUUGCUGCUUCCAUCCAAGCAUGUAGCUGUUCUGUCUAUGAGCUCAUUCAUAUCCCAGCAUUGCAAUUUCUAGUUUUGUCUGGGACGAUAAGAAAUUGUAUAUUGCCCAGGGACCUGGAGCUGUAAGUUACAUGCUACUCGACGGUAGCUUCCUAUGCAGUGCAUGCAAAUUAUAAAUGCUAUAAUAAUCAUAAGAACCUAGCGUGUACGAUGUUGUUAUUGUGUAAGAAACUUAUAAUAUCAAAUUGGAUUAUGGUUAACAAAGCCCAAAAAUGAGUCGUCAAUUAUUUAUGAAUAUUAAUUUUUUUAAA